AUGGCUUCCUCAAAUUCAAAGAACAGUCCCGCCUUAUCCCAUUCCAGUGUCGGCACCAAGUCGCCCGCCACUCAAGCUUCCACACUCUCGCUGGAGUCAUCGCGCUACACCUCCAAGGAGUCGCCGCUAGACCAGACGAUUGAUCCGAAUCAGCCGAUUGAGCUCUCCGGUCCGGAUCACAAGUCUGUCUUCCCUCCGAAAUACACCAAAAAGCCAGGCACCUCGCACCAUUCUCACUCCACCUCCCACUCUCGACCCGGCGAACCAUAUCCAAGUCGAGAGCGUGGAACGGGUUCGGGCCGCACCCAUCACCACAACCAAGGAGGGCCUGAGGAGCGUCGCGCCUCUGCUCAGCACUCGGCCCUUUACAAUCAUUCUCAACCUCAACCUCAAUCUCAUCCUCAUUCCCAUCCGCCGCCUCAGUACCACUCCCAAGAGUACUAUCCGCAGCACCACCACAGCCAACAUCAACCGCCGCCACCACCACUACCACUAUCACAGCAGCAACAACAACAACAAUACCCCCACCAUCCACCCGUCCCUCGGCAGCCCAUGCCACCAAUCCAGCAUCAACCUCCCCUAGCACACUACCCACCCCCAGAGCCAUAUUACCAUGGCAAAAAUGGUCACCAAUCUCAGACUCCGUCUCAGCAUCCGGGCCAUGGCCAAGGUCAUCCAGCCAUGACACAUAGAGCCGAUGACUACUACUAUCAUGGUCAACAGCCACAUGGUGCCCCGACAGGACAGUUCUUCCCCCCACAGGAUCAAUUCUCUCAGGACCGCAGACAGGAUGGCCUUCCGCGCACACAGCAGGACGAUUUCUACGAGUCACGACACUCUCUUGAUCAACAGCCAAUGUACCAGAAGUCGGCGCGACUUACUCCCCAGGCCGGUGGUGCUGGGGCUCGCAUCAAGAUUGAACCUGACGAGAUGGAUAUAGAUCACCCGGGGCCUCGAGCAACGCCCGAAAAGCAAAUUGCAGGAGUCAAGCGUGGCCGUAGUUGA